UAGGUGCCGCCAGCUGGGGCUCGAGGCACGCGGGGUGCCGGCCCGGGGCUCCCUCCGCCUCGCGGUGCCGCCAUGGUGCUGCUGCUGCACCUCCUGCGGCGCCUGCUGGAGUAUCUGGGCUGGCCGCCCGAGCAGGCCGCCUUCCUGGAAACUCGCGUGCUGGGCGGCGGCCGUGCGGUCGGAGCGCGCCUCUCCUCAGUGGUCCCGUCGGGAGGGAGCGUCCAACAGCUGUGUGCGGCGUUACGGAGGUACCAGGCUAAGGUCAUAUCUGUUUGCCAAAGAAAGGAAUAUGGAUCUACUCGAAGUGUUGUUCGUAGACUUGGGACAAUUCUUUCCUUACAGCCCUACCCGAGACCUUAUUUUCAAUUUGUUCAUCACCCGAGUCCAUUGGAUCAUGAUGAACAAAGCGUGGUUCCAACUCCUGUAGCUCCAUCACUUGCUGAUGUCCUAUGGGUAGCACAUGAGGAAGGACAACCAUUUGCUAGAUUUAGGACUGAAUUUUGGAGAAAAGAAAAAAGUACAGCUUAUCACGACUUACAUCCAUCUACAGAUUCCAUACCAAGUGUUUCAAAAACCAGUACACAGAAAGACAGUCUUGUUGAUCAUGCAGCACUCCGGAAAAUUUCUGCGCUCGAAGAUGAGCUAACCUUUCUUCGUACUCAGAUCGCCGCAAUUGUUGCAGCACAGACAUUGGGAAGCCUACCAUCACAACCCUUUAGAACAUUCAGCAUUCCAGACGGAUCUUACCCAGUGCCAACCAUGACUUCUACGCCAUUGUCUGUCUCUCACAAUCACUUUGCAAUUCCUUCUCCUCCCCCACUUCCUUCUGCUGCACCAUCUGGUGUUGAUGCUAGUAAUUCAGCAGUUGAACUUAUAAAACAACGUCGUGCUGCAAGAAAGAGUGCUUCAACUACAGGUGAUAGUGCUGAUCCCCAGAGGAUGAAGAACAUUCCUAGCAUGAUGGAUGUUUUGAAAGAUCUAAACAAAGUUCAGUUGCGUGCUAUCGAAAGGUCACCUGGAGGUACUCCUGUGUCUAAACCAAAAAAAAGGAGAAGCUCAGAUUGGGAUCCAGUUGCUCUACUGACUCAUGCACUAAAACAGAAAUUUGCACAUAAGUAUGAAGAUGAGGAUGAUUCACUGGAGAAAGAAAACAGAUCUUUUGAUAGUUCCCCAUUUUCUAGUCCAGAAAUCCCACUGGUUGGACGUUGCAGCCUGAAGACAAAUGCAAAUACUAGCCUUGUAAGAACUGACAAAGUUAAACAAGUAUCAAUGUGGAAAGUGAGACCUCAUAUUUAACUGAUGAAGGGAGACUUCUGCUGAAACUUGGUAUUGUGUGUAAGUGGCAGUGCUGCUUUGUGAAACUGCUGUAAUGUGUUCUAGAAUGUCUCUGUCUUAUGCUGUUGAAGUUUGGAUUGUAGGCACGUGAAAUUGCCUCUUAGUUUCCCAGCAACUGAACUUGUGAAUCUGAUGCUUUAUGAGAAGCACACAGCCAAAAAAAGUAUCUUGUUAUUGUGGGACGUUGUGUCUUAAAUCUGGGAAAUAAAGGAAAUAAAUGUGUGAAAGAAAUGUAAUUAUUGGUGUGGCAGCUGUGGUGUGUGCUGUCUCUGCAGCUGAGUGUAAAUAACGAAACAGUGUAAACUUUUGUUUGGAGUGUAUUAUAUAUAGCUGACUCUAUACAGCUGAUGGUAGCUAACACUGUAGUAUAGUUUCCUCUGGUUUUCUUUGCAGUUUGUUGGUACAGCUCCGUAUAUUUCAUAUGCAAAUAAUAUUUCAAUUUAUUUUGCAUCUAUGGAGAAACUUUUAUUUGUGAAGCUUUGUCUUAUUCUAAGCACACUGCAGGCUGUUAGAUGCUUGUAAUAUGAGGGAUUUGUCUUCACAAAAAAAAAAAAAAGACUUUCAGAGGGAUCUAUUAACAUGUAGUCUAACUUCUGUGUAUAAAUAAGCCCUGUGUUAUUUCUAUCACUGGCUUCUCUGUAUGAAGUCUUUGUUCAGAGUGUAUACAAUAAAAUUUCCUUUGUAUCGUGUA